UCAUCUUCAGGUUCACAGAGCCAGUGGAAGCUGUUCAGCUCAGCUCAGCUAGCUAGUACUAGCUCGUAGCAGCAUCUAGGCACUGCUAUAUAUCACCUUAUCCUCUCUCUAGCCCACCUCUCUCGCUCGCUCCCUCGCUAUCUCCUCUCCUCCUCCUCCCCCUCACUACCUCGCAGCAGCAGCAGCAGCUCCGCAAUGCCCAGAGCACGGUAGCCCCAGCCGUGCCUUCAGAUUCUCAUUCCGUUGCGAAUUCGGGAUAGAAUUUGCCAGCGAGCGAGCGAGGUUUGUGGAAGCAGCAGCAAAGCUAGCGUUGCGAGGGCCGGGCGGGCGGCAUGGCGCCCAAGGCGGGGAAGGCCAAGCCCAAGGCCAAGGGCGACAAGAAGAAGAAGGAAGAGAAAGUUCUGCCGACGGUGCUGGACGUGACCGUGGAGGCGCCGGACUACACCCACCUCACGCUCAAGGGUAUAUCGACGGACAGGAUCCUCGACGUGCGGAAGCUCCUGGCCGUCCACGUGGACACCUGCCACAUCACCAGCUUCUCCCUCUCCCACGAGGUCCGCGGGCCCCAGCUCAAGGACACGGUGGAGAUCGCCUCCCUGAAGCCCUGCCACCUCAGCAUCGUCGAAGAGGAGUACACGGAGGAGCUGGCCGUCGCGCACGUCCGCCGGCUGCUCGACGUCGUCGCCUGCACCACCGCGUUCGGGGUCAAGAAGCCCGAGCAGAAGCCCGCGCCCGCCACCGAUGCGGCCGCCGAGGCCAACAAGCCAGGCUCGCCCGGCUCCGUGGUCGCCGGUGGCGGCGGCGGCGGCGGCGGCGGCGAGGAGCCCAUGUACCCGCCGCCGAAGCUCGGGGAGUUCUACGACUUCUUCUCCUUCUCCCACCUCUCGCCGCCGAUCCAGUACAUCAGAAGGUCGACGCGCCCGUUCGUCGAUGACAAGAGAGAGGAGGACUUCUUCCAGAUCGAUGUGAGGGUUUGUAACGGGAAGCCAGUGACGAUCGUGGCAUCCCGAGCUGGAUUCUAUCCGUCAGGGAAGCGAGCACUCAUUAACCACUCCCUUGUUGGGUUGUUGCAGCAGACGAACCGUGGAUUUGAGGCAGCUUACAAGGCUCUUAUGAAGGCUUUUGUUGAGCACAACAAGUUUGGAAAUCUUCCUUACGGAUUCCGGUCAAACACUUGGGUCGUUCCCCCUGUUGUCGCGGAUUCGCCAUCAGUGUUCCCACCCCUUCCAACAGAAGAUGAAACUUGGGGUGGCAAUGGGGGUGGCCUGGGAAGAGAUGGAAAACAUGACCAUAGACCGUGGGUGAAAGAAUUUGCCAUCCUUGCUGCAAUGCCUUGUAAAACAGCUGAGGAGAGGCAAGUCCGAGACAGGAAGGCAUUCCUACUCCAUAGCUUGUUUGUAGAUGUUGGUGUCCUUAAAGCUAUUGCAGCUAUCCAGAAUUUGAUCCCUGAUGACAAGAGUUCACAUGAAAAAGCAAAUGGCACAGCAAGUUCAGUUCCGCACACACAACAAAUUGGGGAUAUGAAAAUAACGGUAACAAAAGACAAAGCAGAUGCAAGUUCUAAGUCAGAUGUUAAGUUAGAUGGAAGUCAGGCUCCAGGAGUAUCUUUUGAUGAGCUUGCUAAGAGGAACCUGCUGAAGGGAAUCACUGCUGAUGAGAGUGCAACAGUACAUGAUACUGCUACUCUUGGUGUGGUUGUUGUGAAGCAUUGUGGGUAUACAGCUGUUGUCCAAGUUCCAUUGGAUGCUCAACUGACAACCGUUGUUCCAGCGCAGCAGGACAUUCACAUUGAAGACCAGCCGGAGGGAGGUAGCAAUGCUCUCAACGUCAACAGCUUAAGGAUGCUGCUUCAGAAGUCAUGUGUUCAGUCACCUGGAGCAGUUCAGCGGUUGCAGAGUUCUGAUCCUGAAGAGAACAUGGCUACCACAAAUUUUGUCCGGAAAAUAAUUACAGAUAGCAUGCAGAAUCUUGAAGGUGAGGCUCCAAGAGAAACAAGACCAAUCAGAUGGGAGCUUGGUGCUUGCUGGGUACAGCAUCUACAGAAUCAAACUUCUGAGAAGGCCGAUGGUAAGAAAAGCGACGAGACUAAGGAUGUUCCUACAGUAAAAGGCCUGGGAAAACAAUUUGGUCAGCUUAAGGAGAUCAAGAAGAAGUCAGAUGACAAGAGUGGAAAGAGUGCAUCCACAAAAGAUAGUACUUCACCAAAUACAAACGAUGCACAUUCAGACAACACUGCCAGCACAAAGGAGGAUAAAGAGGCUAUUCUGCAGAAAGCGCUAACAGAAGCUGCUUUCCAAAGAUUAAAAGAAUCUGAGACUGGACUUCAUGCUAAGUCCCCCGAUGAAUUGAUUGAGAUGGCAUACAAAUAUUAUGAUGAUACUGCCCUGCCAAAAUUGGUAGCAGACUUUGGCUCACUUGAGCUUUCCCCUGUUGAUGGAAGGACAUUGACAGAUUUCAUGCACACCAGAGGCCUCCAGAUGCGCUCACUAGGACAAGUGGUUGAGCUUUCUGAUAAGCUCCCGCAUAUACAGUCACUGUGUAUACACGAGAUGGUAGUUCGAGCAUUUAAGCACAUAGUUCGUGCAGUUAUUGCAGCUGUCGAUGAUAUAAAUGACAUGGCUCAAUCAGUUGCAUCGUGUUUAAAUAUAUUGCUGGGACCAUUUCCAGAAGAAAAUAACGAUGGCAAGUGCGGAGAGGAUCAUAAUCUCAGGCAGAAGUGGUUGGAGGUCUUUUUAAUGAAGAGAUUUGGCUUGGCAUGGAAAGACGAAUAUAGCCUUGAUCUAAGAAAGUAUGCCAUUCUUCGUGGCCUCUGCCAUAAGGUAGGGCUUGAGCUAGUUACCAAAGACUACGACAUGGAUACACCACAUGCAUUCAGAAAGUCUGAUAUCAUCAGUAUUGUUCCCAUCUACAAGCAUGUUGCAUGCUCGUCAGCAGAUGGUCGCACCCUGUUGGAGUCAUCCAAGACUUUCCUGGACAAAGGGAAACUUGAGGAUGCUGUUAACUAUGGCACAAAGGCUCUUGCAAAACUGGUUGCUGUUUGUGGUCCGUAUCAUAGAAUGACCGCAGGAGCAUACAGCCUCUUGGCAGUAGUGCUUUAUCAUACUGGGGACUUCAACCAGGCAACUAUCUAUCAACAGAAGGCUUUAGAUAUUAACGAGAGGGAACUUGGACUUGAUCACCCAGAUACUAUGAAAAGCUAUGGAGAUCUUGCUGUUUUCUACUAUCGCCUGCAACAUACAGAAUUGGCACUAAAGUAUGUGAAUCGUGCCCUAUAUCUUUUGCACCUGACAUGUGGCCCGUCUCACCCUAAUACUGCUGCAACUUACAUCAAUGUUGCUAUGAUGGAAGAAGGGUUGGGUAAUGUCCAUGUAGCACUCCGUUACCUGCAUGAGGCGCUAAAAUGUAACCAACGGCUGCUUGGUGUUGAUCACAUACAGACGGCUGCUAGUUAUCAUGCUAUUGCUAUUGCUUUGUCUUUAAUGGAAGCAUACUCGUUGAGUGUCCAACAUGAAAAAACCACUCUACGAAUACUUCAAUCAAAGCUCGGAUCAGAAGAUCUUCGGACACAGGAUGCUGCUGCCUGGCUGGAAUACUUCGAGUCCAAGGCACUAGAGCAGCAGGAAGCAGCACGCAACGGUACUCCAAAGCCUGAUGCUUCAAUAGCAAGCAGAGGCCAUCUGAGUGUAUCAGAUCUUCUAGAUUAUAUCAAUCCAGAUGAUGAGCUCAAGGCUAAGGAAAUGCAAAAGAAACAAGCCCGUGCUAAGAUAAAAGGUCGUACCGGGCAAAACCCAUCUGAAUUAGCCGAUGAUGAAGAUCAAAGGAGCCCUCCACCUAACAGUGAUCGUUCAUCAACCGAGAAGGAAAACCCUGAAGUCAAAGAGAAAUUAACUGAGAAGAAAAAUUCUCAAGUCAAAGAGAAUGGAACCGUUGUUGAGCAUGUGAAAGUGAAACUGGAAGAGGAGAAACCAAGUAACACUGUGGUCCACAUGCCUCAAGAUGAUUAUACUGAAGAGAACAUAUCUGAGGAGGGGUGGCAAGAGGCUGUUCCAAAGGGACGUACCACGGGGAAUCGCAAAACUGGUGCAAGUGUGAGGAGGCCAAACCUGUCAAAGAUCAGUACAAAUGCCAUUAAUAAUAGUGAGAAUGGAAGAUACAAAGGCAGAGUUCCAUCCAACUCUUCCCCUCGAGUUUCACCUAAUGAGACUGCAGCUUCUGUUGCUUCCAGCCCUCUUGCAAAGAAAUUGGCGAAGAGUUCGAGCUUCAAUUCCAAAGCAGGUAAUCCCGCUAUCUCAUCAAACAGUGGGGAGAAUUCACCCAAACCUAAAUCCAUGGCAGCAAGCUUAGCCACCACCCCUGCAGCUGCCAAGGUGAUGCCAUCUGCAGCACCAAUUGUCAGUCAAACAGUAAGGAAGUCACUGUCAUACAAGGAAGUGGCUAUAGCUGCACCAGGAACUCUUGCGAAAGCGUUGAAUAAUGUGCAUACAGAGCAAAAGGAUGCAACUGAUCCAGCUGUAAAUCUUGAAAGUGCCAAGGCUCCCAAAGAAAGCAAUGUUCGCCCUUCUGAAGAGAAAAAUGGGGCAAUACAAGUGUCACCAAAGGAUAAUAAUUUGCAAGUGUCAAAAGCAACAGAUGAGCACAAAUCUCCCAGUUCUGAUACUGAACAAGCCAAUGGUUCGGUAGGAUCAAAUCAAGCUGAGAAGGCCUCAGAUUCAGCAGAGACAUCUACAGAGAAGAACCAAUCACCAGCAGCACUAGCGGACGUCCCAAAUGAAGAAGCAGCAACUUUGACUGAGGCAAAUGAUUCUUCCUCCAAUGAUGAUGAAAGAGGUCCAGGAGAGGAUAAUCAAGAACAGCUGUCUAGUGGGGCCGAAAAUGAGAAAUCUUCACCAUCUGGAAGUGAAAAGAAUGAUUCACCAGUAGAAGGAGCGAAAGAGACAGCCAGUAAACUUAAUGCUGCCGCUGCUCCAUUCAGUCCAGCCACCGUGCCAGCUUUUGGUUCAAUGGCCGUACCAGGUUUCAGAGAACACGGAGGACUAUUGCCAUCGCCAGCCAAUGUGCCCCCAAUGCUGGCCAUCCCUCUCCGUAAGCACCCUCACCAGUCUGCAACCGCAAGGGUCCCUUAUGGUCCACGUCUAGCCGGAGGGUUCAACAGAUCAGGGCACCGGGUGCCUCGUAACAAGCCUGUGUUGCCGAGUGGGGAAGUUCUUCCAGAGGCAGCCACAUCCCCUAAAGUGAUGAAUCCUCAUGCAGCGGAGUUUGUGCCGGGUCAAUCUCGGAGUCCUGAUGGCCAUCCAUCAUCUCCUAAUGAACCUCUGGCAUCGCCAGCUGGUAUUCAAGCAUCACAGGAGGGGCUUCCAUCAUCUCCAGAUAGUACUGUCGAGUCACCCAAGACUGCUUCCCCACAAGUGUCUGAAACUAGUGAGACUAGUCCUGAAGGAAAUGAUACAUCUGGUGGAAUUGAUGUUGAAGCUGAGAUUGAGAGCAAGAACACGGAGGAGAAGAACAACCAUGUGGAAUGUGAGGACAGUGAAGUGAAGCCUGAUGAAACUAUAGUUUCUGGAGGUGCUGAAGUUGAUGCAACGGCCUCGAUAGAUGCUCAAGAUGAUGCUUCAGCCCCAAAAGAUGCUCAAGAUGAUUCAAGCGUGACUGAAAAGCCGAAGUCCUGGGCUGAUUACAGUGAUGGAGAAGUCGAGGCCGUUCAGGUUGCGAGCUGAGAAAAGGUGGUCUUCUCAGCCUCUCAGGAGGAGAUGCUGGUUUUCUCGUUAGAGAAUUAGUUGCUUUCUGAUCUAUUUCAUGGUUCCUAGUACCUAUUUGUUUCUGCCACCCUGCACGGCUGCACCGGUGCCAUGGUAUUGCAAGGGUUCGCAUUGCCAUGGAACUUUAAAGGUCUUCCGAAUGUCCAACUGCCAUCAUGGUGACCUUGUUUCAGCUUGCUUUGUCAUUGCAAAGGAGCUUGGGAAGAUCAGAGAGGUGGUAAACACGCCAUCGUUCCCCCCAUUUUGCUCGGCGUUUUUAUUUCCUUUGUCGAUGAACUGGACACACUGCCGACUUGACAUCUUUCUAUGUAGUUAUUUCUUUUGAAUUUUGAUAAAUUAGACUGUUGUAAAGAAAAUCGAUACUUCCUUGAGCAGGAAGUUUGUAUCAAGUGUCCCUGUAAUCAUGCUGUUUCUUCUUUUUUUGGACAAUUUUGCUGGUACAAGAAUCAUUCGAUGAGACGCUGAUCCAUUUUGUGAUUA